AUGUCCUACGCACUAGAAACCAAAAAGCGCAAAUUCCACCGAGUCCUCGAAUCCCUAACCAAACCCUCGAUCCCCGACCAACCAGCCAAAGAAUCCACCACCACCGGAGCUCCGACAACAGCACGCGAUGCGAUCAAGAAGAUCCGCUUGAGCAAAGACGACAAUAGCUCCUCUACUUCUUCCAUCAAGAAUUCGAUGCUGAAAGUCGCCCGACCCGGCACGCGGGCAUCCUCUGUUUCGUCGACAGCACGACCCAGUUUCGUCCCUUGGGACCGCGAGCGCUUCCUCGAACGACUCGAGACGUUUCGUCGGGUGGAUCGCUGGUCUCCGAAGCCGACUGCGGUUAGUGAAGUGGCUUGGGCGAAGCAAGGAUGGAUCUGUACGGAUGUGUCGCGGGUGACAUGUGUUGGGGGUUGUGGCGGAUCGGUGGUUGUCAAGUUGCCGGACGAGCUGGAUGAAUUGGAUGGGUAUGAUGCGGAGAAAGUGCAGGAAAGGAAGGACGUCCGCGCAAGGCUCGUGGAGGAAUAUACAAAACGUUUGGUCGAAGGUCAUGGUGAGAAUUGCCCGUGGAGGAACAAGGGCUGCGAUGCUACGAUCCAUCGCCUGCCCUUGUCCAACCCUGAUGUAGCAAUCUCCGGCCUACAAAAACGGUACUUGAACUUGGUGAAGAUGGAGGAUAAACUACCAGUGGAGGAAGCCAUCCAGACACCGGAGUCGCUUGAUCUUGACGAAAUCAUCAACAUAUUACCAACCGGAUUUGUUGAACCAGACAAGCCAAGUGAAACAAUUGAACCAGAAAAGCAGCCAGAGACGACACAGCCAGAGACCCCCAAACCGGAGACAAAGGAAGGAGAAAAACAAAAGAGCGCUCCUCAAACUCAGGAAGAGAUAUCUCAGAAAAUCACAAUCAACAAAGCAGCUUUCGCAUUGGCAUUAUUUGGCUGGGAUACUGUCUCAGACGGAGCAGCAGGACUAGCUGCGUGUGGUGCGUGUUUCCGACGACUUGGUCUCUGGAUGUACAAACCAAAAUAUGGAGACACCGAGCUUGACACUCAGUUGGAAGUGGCCGGUGAACACAUGGAGUACUGUCCCUGGGUCAGCGGUAAAGCGCAGAGCGGUACAGGCAAGCCGACUGAUAAACCAGAGACAUUGCGCAGCGGAUGGCAAGUCUCGACUCAGGCGCUGAAAGUGAAGCAUCGUCGCCAAAUCCGCUCAACUGCCUCGAUGGACACUCUCCGCGCUGGCUCGGAGACGCCUUCAAUGAUGGAUGGGUCAGUGGUAGAUUCAGAGGUUGACGAGGAGACUAAGAAGGCUACUGAUCGCGAGUGGUGGUCGAAGAUCCGGCGAAUGCGGCAGGUCUUGAAUGUCAACUUUCCCAGGAAGUCGACCCCGGGGCAUUGA